GGGGGGGGGGGGCGUGUCAGAGGCGAACAGUGGUCGACGAGAUACUCUUGCAGUUGCAUGUUGGGAAGUUCUGUGGACUUUACCCCUUCACCAUCCGUCGAGUCAUCUGUCUGCUGGGCUGCUGUCAGAUCCGUGACUAAAAAUGGCUGAUCUCCAGGCUAAAUUUGAUGUAGCAGCAGAUGAGGUGAAGCAGCUGAAGGUGAAGCCGGCGGAUCAAGAGAUGCUGCAGGUCUACUCCCUGUUCAAGCAGGCCUCUGUGGGGGAUGUCAACACAGGUCGUCCAGGGAUGUUUGAUUUCACUGGUAAAGCUAAAUGGGAUGCCUGGGAGAAGCAGAAAGGCAAGAGCAAAGAGGAUGCCAUGAAAGAGUAUGUCAACCUGGUGGAGCAGUUGAAGGAGAAGUAUGGAGCGUAACGUCACAUGAUCACCACAAUAUGGCCGAACCAACUGCUGGAUGGACUGAUAGCUGAGAGCACCAUCAGUCAACUCGUGCCUCAUUAUCACGCUGUGAAACUCCUUAAAACUCCUUAAAAAGUGUGUCCUUACACAACACGUGAUGUCCGGUGGACCGCCUGUGGUCUCAGUGACAUUUGAGAGGCCUGAUUAACCAAACUCCUCCAGAAUUCCAUCAUUUUUUAAUGAAUGUGUAUCAGCACAGAAUCCUGUCAUUUCAAUAUAAAAUAUUUCUACUGUGUUGGGUUUUGUGUAUUCUAAUUUUAUUUUCUAGUUUCACAUAUGUAUGUAUUAUUAACAUCAUGUCAAACUGAGACUGAGGAUUAUUUAAAGUGGAUAGUCUGGGUGAAUAUCUUCAUCUUUCAAGGAUUUGAUCCAUAAGUUAUCUUUCCUCUUCCAGCCUAAAUGGUGCUAAAAGUUCAUACCUUCACGUCCCAGUUCCAGUGUCCCCUUUUACACACUCGCCAGACUGACGCAUGCUCCUGUUAAAGCUAGAGUUAGUCAUUUCUUUUAGAAACGUGUUUUGUUAUAUUUG